AUGAUUGGUUGCAAAACCAAGGAAGCCAAUGUUCAUAUAGUCGAUAAUGCAUCAGAAAGGCUUAGGGGUGUUGCUUCUACCUAUGCUCCCUCGGCUGCUAGGCCUUAUCAGCAACAAAAUCAGUCUGCUCAAGCACCUAAUAGAGCCUUUAAUUAUAGAGGGAGGCUAGAACCACCUCGUCCCUUUAGGAGGGAAAACCGGAAGUACACUCCGUUGCCCAUGCCUAUGGCAAAUCUCUAUGCUUACCUACUGGAAAGGAAGCUAGUUACCCUACUAUUUUCGAGGCCCAAAGAAGGUCCUCCUCCACCAGGAUUUGAUCUGUCUAAGAAGUGCAAACACCAUUUUAGGGCCAAGGGGCAUACCCUGAAGGAAUGUUUCCAAUUGAGAGACUGUGACCAGGACCUCCUUGACAACAAGCUGAUAUGGUUCGAUAAUGCAACCGCUUUGAAUAUCAUCACCAACCCCUUGCCUCCCCAUCAAGAUGGGAAUGUGAAUUCCAUCAUCAUAGUGAAAGAAAGGGUUCUGGAUUUCUCCUCAUCAUCAUUCCUGUGGAAGGCUAUGCUUCGAGCUUUGGUCCAAGAGAGCCACCUUGAUCUUAAAGCGCCCAAUCUGCAAACUCAGGAGGGUGUUAUCAUUCGCAUGCCGAAGCCAUUCCCUUAUGAAGAUAGUCAUCAUGUCCCCUGGAAAUACGAUGUGUCCUUGAUCUCCACUCGAACCAGAAAAGAGGAGGUCUGCUCCAAUAUCUCUUCAGGUCUAUCUGGGCUCAUUAGGAGUGGCCAUUGCUAUACUUCCGAAGAGUUGGAAAAGAGAAGAAAAGAGAUUGGUAAAGGUAUAGCCGAACCCGUUAGGAAUAGAGUCACGACCGAAGAAGCCAAGGAGUUCUUGAAAGUUAUUAGGAACUCAAAGUACAAUGUGAUUCAGCAGCUAAACAAGUCGCUAGCUCAGACCUCCAUCUUGGCAUUACUGCUAUCCUCUAAGGUCCACCACAAUGCUCUCUUGAAGGUCUUGAAAGAGACACGUGUUCCUACAAGUGCUACAAAAUCUUCCUUUGAAGGUAUGGUCUCAAUGAUGUUAGCCACCAACCAGAUUUCCUUUACGAAUAAUGAACUACCACCAAAAGGUAGGGACCACGCUUUGCCUAUGUACAUUAUAAUAAAGUGUGAGGAUAUGAUCGUUGCCGCGGGCGCGGUUGGCCAUUCAAGAAAGGUGGAUUCCCCUUAUAACAUGCUUUUAGGAAGGCCUUGGCUACACGCCGCAGGCACGGUUGCUUCUACUCUUCAUUGA